CCUUGUUAGAUCACUUCUUACUCAAUCUAUUCCUGAAGAGCACUAGCUAUGGAGAUGAAAGAUGUUUACACUGGGUUGCAGCACACAUCAGUGGAUGUCUAUCAAACAGUAAGCAAACCUGAAGAUGAGAAAAUAGAGAAGCAGCAGAGUGGACCAACUCCAGAAGCACCGUCUACAGAGAUGGACACUAGAUACACCAGUCUACAGAAACCACCCGAGAACAUCUAUGCAACAGCAAAUCCACCCAAAGAUGGGGGAAAGGAGGAGCCACCAAGUGACACAUCUGCAGAAGCACCGUCUACAGAGAUGGACACUAGAUACACCAGUCUACAGAAACCACCCGAGAACAUCUAUGCAACAGCAAAUCCACCCAAAGAUGGGGGAAAGGAGGAGCCACCAAGUGACACAUCUGCAGAAGCACCGUCUACGGAGAUGGACACCGGAUACAGCAGUCUACAGAAACCACCCGAGAACAUCUACGCAACAGCAAAUCCACCCAAAGAUGAGGGAAAGGAGGAGCCACCAAGUGACACAUCUGCAGAAGCACCGUCUACGGAGAUGGACACCGGAUACAGCAGUCUACAAAAACCACCCGAGAACAUCUACGCAACAGCAAAUCCACCCAAAGAUGAGGGAAAGGAGAAACCACUAAGUCCUGCUGGUGGGAAAGAGGCCUUCUACAAAAAGACUUCCCUCCUGCUUGCUGUGAUCUGCUGCCUGCUGGUUUUCAUCAUCAUCGGCCUGAGUUUUCUCUGUUCCAGGACGUCUCGAGGAAAUGGUUUGCAUAGCAGCCCUAUUCCAGUUGAUCCUGAACAAGAGGAGAAAGUGGAUGAAGUCAACAAAGGCCUGCCCACACACUCCAGCUUCACAGGAAAUUGCUCCGAUAUGGAGUCCCUUUUCUUUGAGGUGGUGUUGGGGAGCAAUAUCACAAAAAACUGCAACAGUCAGAUGUGUGAAUUGUGUUUGAAGGGCUGGGUGCUGUUCAAUCACAAGUGCUACAUGUUUUCAAAGGAUAUCAUGCCCUGGAAUGCCAGCCAGGCUCAGUGCAGAUCAAAGGGCGGUGACUUGGUGAAGAUACAGAGUGAGGAGGAGCAGAAAUUCAUCUCAAGGAUUAUUCAAAAGAGGGGUGGCUUUUACUUCUGGAUUGGAUUGACUGAUCAAGUCGGGAAAGGAGAAUGGCGCUGGGUGGACAACACACCUCUGACAAAAGGAUAUUGGCGGCAGGGUAUUCCCUCUACUAUCGACGUCACGCAGUGUGCAGGUAUGGGACCCCAGUCGAGUUCCUUGAACUGGGACAAGUCAGCCUGCACUGCCUACAGCAGAAGAAUCUGUGAAUCCGCAGUUAUGCAUCUGAUUAACAAAGCAAACAACGACGACAACCUUGCACGUGUUUAGAGUAGUGCUGGUACAAGAAUUCAAGUAUCUGAUCAAAACACAACAUGAAAUAGAUUCAGAGGCAAAUAUGACCCUGUUAGCAUCAUGCAAAAUAAUCUAGUAGCUUUAGAUUCGGUCUUUAUUAAAUUGAAUACAAUUCAGAACUUCAAACACUUAAAUCAGAUUUAAAACAGACUCAAGCGUUUGUGUCGUUAUUACAUUUUGGUUACUUGGUUUCUUAUAAGUAGGGCUUCUGAUUUUCGGUUUUAACUGAUAAAACCAGAUAAAACACCCCCGAUACCAAAAAAAAUUAAAUCGGUGGAUAGCCAAUAAACACCGGAAAAACUGUGGAAAUGGUUAAUCAAUUCACGUUGACUUUACCCUUUUCCCAUUAAAAAAUAAAACCUACUACAAAAAUAAUAAUAAAUACAUUUCCCAGUGCUGCUUGGCAGUGUUCCGCCUUCCUGAUUUGCAUCUAUCAUUGAUUCGUACUCAAUACUUUAAACCCACCCCAACUACUGAGUGACAGCACAUUCCUGCAUUUCUAUUGGAGACUCCGCUUGCGAGAUUUAAAACGAGAUUACAAUCAGAAUGGAGGCUUGUUAGCGGGAUUUCAAGCUGUAUUACAGUUAAGAUACAGAGGAUAUAAACAGAAUUGUGGCGAAAUGUACAAAAAUGCCUACACACAAAACCCCCAGAAGAAUGUGCCCGUGACCAUAGGGAUUUCGUUGUGAAAGACAGCAAUGGAAAGAAGGUACAACUUAAGUGUGCAAGUACUGUCGAGUUACUACUAUACAUAUUUUGACAGAAAAAAAAUGCUCAAGCAUUUUGGAAAGUAAACGAAAACACUAAUUUCAUACAGUAUAUCAAAAACGAAAGCCCCGAAAAAAACGAUUUACAUAAAACUCGAAAAUAGCUAAAAGCAAGCACAGACAAAUACAAUUAAUAAAACCCAAAAAACAGAAGCCCUAAUUAUAAGUUUUACAUUAAAUUAAUUAAACACAAAAUACAAAACAAAUAUCACUUUCAGUAUAAAGAAGUAAUGCAUUAAUUUACUGAAAUUGCUGAAUUUUAAAAUCUGAUUUUACUGAACGUUUCAAGAUACAAUAUUACAACAUUACACCAAUUUCUCUUGAAAGGUAAUUACUUAGGGUACAGUGAGUUUAAUUAUACUUAUGCGAUUGCUUUUGCUGUAUUAUAAAAUAGUUUUAACUGUUUCUAAAACAAUUGCUGUGUUGAUACCUUUUAUUAUAGCAACCUUUUUCAAAUGCUGCAUUUUCCCAAGCACUGUCUGAGUGGAGUGUGAUUGUGAAUGCAGUCAUGUCAUGUAUUCACAAGAGACCUGGGGGAGUUGGCCAACACUUCAGUAAUCUAGAGUGCUUCAGUGUAAUGGCAAAAAUGAAAAAAGUGCUAAGCUUUAUACCACGUGUACAACACUUUGCUUUCCAAUUGAACAAAAUAACUUCACCGUGAACGCUGCAUACUUUAGCCUGUAAUGAAUUAUAUCUGAAUAUUAGAAAUAUAACCAAAUACUUACUUCAAAUAACAUACACAUGCAUACAUUCUGUAUAUACCAGUACAUUAGCAAUGCUUUGUAGGUAAUGUCACUCCGCACUUUCCAAUGUGUAUCUUCAAACUAAAUUUAAGAGCCCUAUCCAACUGAACAAAAUAACUUCAUCGUGAACACUGCAUUCUUUAAACUGUAAUGGAGAAAAGUUACAACCGAAAGAAUUGUUGAAGAAUGAUGUAACCACAGGUUUGGUAUAAAAAGGUUUGUUUAUGGAUUUUUGCUAGACCAGGGUAAGGAAUGCAGACUGCCCACUCUGUUGUCUCAUACAAUGCCUUUGUAUUUGACUUGCAUGGUGAUUUUGCUGUGUAAUAAAGUAUUUGUAUUAACCUGA